GGGAUGGAGGCCGAGGCCAGCGACCAUGGCCCGGCCUCACGCAGUCUCCACAGCCGCUCCGGAGAGAUGAAGUUGCGGAAGAGGAAGUCCACGCUAUACGCGAGCACGCAGGAGAAGCGCUCUCGGCGUCGUGAUCUUCUUGGAGAGAACAUUUACCUGGUCUUAUUUACCAUUGCUCUGCGAAUAUUUAACUGCUUCUUAGUCCAGACAAGUUUUGUUCCUGAUGAGUACUGGCAGUCUCUUGAAGUUGCACACCACAUGGUUUUCAGAUAUGGCUAUCUAACCUGGGAAUGGACCGAGAGGCUGAGGGGUUACACUUACCCCCUCAUCUUUGCAAGCAUUUACAAGAUUCUGCAUCUUUUGGGAAAAGACAGUGUUCAAUUACUGAUCUGGAUUCCCAGACUGGCCCAAGCUCUUCUCUCUGCUGUAGCUGACGUAAGACUUUACUCGCUCAUGAAGCAAGUGGGAAAGCAGGAGGUGGCGCGAUGGGUGUUUUUCUGCCAGCUGUGCUCUUGGUUCACGUGGUACUGCUGUACCCGAACCCUCUCGAACACCAUGGAGACUGCCCUCACUGCAACCGCCCUUUUCUACUAUCCACUGGAAGGCUCAAGGUCCAUGAACAGUGUCAAGUACUCGUUCCUGGUUGCACUGGCUUGCAUAGUCCGCCCCACAGCUCUCAUCCCAUGGGUGCCAUUACUCUUCAGACAUUUCUAUCAAGAACAGAGAAAGCUCCAUCUGGUCCUGCAUCAUCUCUUACCUGUAGGAUUUAUAACCUUCAGUUUGUCUCUGAUAAUUGAUCGUAUCUUUUUUGGCCAAUGGACACUGGUCCAAUUUAACUUCUUGAAAUUUAAUGUGCUGCAGAAUUUGGGGACCUUUUAUGGCUCCCAUCCAUGGCACUGGUACUUCAGUCAAGGGUUUCCAGUUGUCCUGGGAACCCACUUACCCUUCUUCAUUCACGGCUGCUUCCUGGCCCCAAGGAGGCUGCACAUACUACUGCUGACCGUGCUGUGGACACUGCUGGUGUACAGCAUGUUGGGCCACAAAGAAUUCAGGUUUAUCUAUCCAGUUUUACCAUUUUGCAUGGUGUUCUGUGGAUACUCACUAGCCCACCUGAAGGCAUGGCGGAAGGCAGCUCUGAGUUUCCUGCUUUUGUCAAACACGCUGCUGGCCCUCUACACUGGCCUCGUUCAUCAGAGAGGCACUCUGGAUGUCAUGCAUCACAUUCAGCACGUCUGCCCCAGAGGUCCUGACCCAGCUUCCGCUUCAGUGUUCAUCAUGAUGCCUUGCCAUUCCACUCCUUACUACAGCCAUGUCCACUGCCCACUGUCCAUGAGGUUUCUCCAGUGUCCCCCGGACUUGACUGGAAAAGCUCAGUAUCUUGAUGAAGCAGAUGUGUUCUACCUAAAUCCCUUAAGCUGGUUACGACAAGAGUUCCGAAGCAAUGCAUCACUCCCCACUCACCUGGUCACCUUCAGUGUUCUGGAGAAGGAAAUCUAUGCCUUCCUCACUUCGGGGAGCUAUGAGAGGACUGCUACUUUCUUCCAUACUCAUUGGCCAGAGGGUCGAAUUGGAAGUCACGUACAUGUCUACGAACGAAGGAUAACCAGCAGAGUCAACACAGGAGGGAACUGAACUGUGAGGACAUCUGCAGAGAAGUUGGCAUGACUGAGGGAAACUUCAGGUGAUUUGUGAAAUGAAGAGGAAGCCACUGGGAACAGCUGUACCAUGUCCUGCACUGAGGCAUUCUGAGAAACAAAAAGCGACGCCAGAUUUGAAAGAGACCUUUCGUUUUCCUCACGGUGCAGUUUAUUGUUCUUCCAUAGCGUCAGGUGUGCAAGAGCGUUCACAAGAACAAAUCAGCAAGCUCUUCACAAGCCAAUGGGCUCUUGAUCCCCCAGAGAGACAAAAGCGUGAGAGUAGAACAUGUUAGAGGGGAGUCCCCAGCUCGCUCGCUCAAGCCAUACUACACACCUCAAGAUGGCACUUACUGCCCUGCACGAGCUCAGCUUCCUGAGCUCAGCUACUCAAGCCCUGUUUCAUGCAGAUGGUUCCAUGCCUGACUUCCUUAAUAAAACUACCAUUUUAUUUUUUUUUUCCAGAGCAGAAAAUUAAAAAAAAAUUUUUUAAACAAACCUAAGCUACGGGGAAAUACAAGUUAGCAAGCUUUGCCUUUGCACAAUAGAAAGCCAUCAAACCAGUCUUUGAGAAAUGAAAAGACAGUUGUCUUGGGGAUUUCAUCUUAAUUUCAACACCAAACAAAGCAGAAAGCAUCCGCAUCUCCUAACUUAAUCAUGAGUCAGUAUUUAGGGUCAAAAGGUAACCGCCCCAAUUCUAUCUCAAGGUUUGCCGUGUGUCUUCCGUUAGCGCGACUGGUUUUUUGCCAUUUACCUUCCCUUUUAUAAGGCUGUGGAUGAAGGUGCUUCUGCUCUUGCUUUCGGUGCCUGGAGUUUUCAAUAUUUACCAUACGUUGUUGCUUUUUAUCGGGUCGACUGAAAGUAGCAAACACAUUUUUUUAUCUACGUUAGAGUUCAGUUUUCUAAAAGUAAAACUAACUUAAUGUUUUUCUCCAUUAAUCUACUAUCUGAACACUGCCAAAAAAUAAAAUAUAAAUAUAAUUCUAUUAUAAUACCAGGAAAGGGGAAUCACUACUUUUUAACAAGAAAAAAAUAGGUUUACACUUGUACUGGCUGGAAGGGGAAACCAAACAAAUGACCAGGAACAGGAAUAUGACAAUAAAAUAAUGAGAUGUUUCCAGUUUA